CCGGCAUCUCCGCGGGAAGUCAAAAUCGAAGUAACAUCCUACAAUACCAAAUAGAGACAAGAAUUACAAACUGGACAUGAAAGAGCAAGACCGCAGUCUAGCAGCUCGUAAACAGUACCACACAUCAGUGUUUGCACAAUGUUUUUCCCCAUGUGGAAAGUUCCUGGCUGCAGCAAAUAAUCAUGGAUACAUCGCAAUUUUCAGUCUGACCACAGCUCUAUCACCUGACGGCACAGAAGCACUUUGGAAGCCAGUCUACUCAUACAAAGCUUCAGAGGAUGGAUCAAUAUUUUGUCUAGCUUCAUCAGAUAUCUUCUUAAUCAGUGGCGGAAAUGGUCCCAUUUGUGCAUGGAAGUGGACGGAUAUAUUGAAUAAGUCUCCAAAGGUUAUCUGGUCGUGGGGUAUUCCUAAGAAAGGACCUUUCUAUCAAACAGAGGUCAACACCAUAGUGAUUGACAAACAGGAAACACAAUGUCGACUUUAUGCAGGCUGUGGAGACAACAAUGUGUAUGUAUGGGACCUGGAGACAGGAGAACAAUUGGUCAGUUUGUCUGGACAUGAUAAUUACAUUCACAGUGUGUCACUGAAAAACAAAGGUCAGAUGUGUGCUACAGCUUCUGAGGAUGGUACAGUGAAAAUCUGGGAUAUGAGACACCCUUCUGCAGCAGAACAUACACUUGAACCAUACAAAAACCAGAUAUGUGCUCGACCAGAGUUUGGAAAAUGGUUGGGAUGUGUAGCUAUGGAAACUGGUGAUGAUUGGUUGGUAUGUGGAGGUGGUCCAAAGAUGUCAUUGUGGCACCUGAGAUCACUGGAGGCCACCACAGUAUUUGAUACACCAGCUGUAUGUCAGAAGACAGUCAUGUUCUAUGAGGAUACAAUUAUUUCCGCGGGAAGCGAGCCAUAUGUGAACCAUUGGUACAUUAAUGGUGACCAAAAAUCACGAAUUCCUUGUACUCCUACAAAUGUGUUCAGUGUUGUUGUCAACACAGCCCUAAACAGUCACAAGGUGCUUUGUACUGCUGGAAACAGUCCGAAGAUUGAUGUCUGCACAAACUUUGGAUACAAGGCAUUCUCAUUAACAUUCAGCUGAUCAAACACAAAAUUAAAUGAAAUGAA